AUGAAUCACGAUACUACAUUUAAAGAUACAUAUAGCAAAGCACGUAGAUAUCCUUAUAACAUAAGGACCUUUGAUUUUUUAUAUGAUAAAACUGUCCUUUUUCUUUUAAAAUAUUUUCAAGAUAUAUUUUAUAACUAUGAAAAGAGUUUUUCAAAACUCCUAAAGGAAGCUACUAAUAAAGCUACUGAAGAAGCUACCAAAAAAACUGCUAAAGAAGCUGCCAAAAAAGCUGCUGAGGAAGCUAUCAAAAAAGCUGCUGAGGAAGUUACCAAAAAAGCUGCUGAAGAAGCUACCAAAAAAGCUAUCAAAGAAGUUGCCAAAAAAGCUGCUGAAGAAGCUGCCAAAAAAGCUACUGAAGAAGCUAUCAAAAAAUCUACUAAGGAAGCUACUAAAAAA